CAAUUUUGCUACAAUAGGCUCUGUUCAUAACUAUGGGUUGUCGGUAACCUGGGCGUUCUUAAGCAGUUCUCCUUCCACAGAUCACAUUUGAGAACGAGCACCAAGGUCCACCACAACAUUGUAGGCAUUUCCCUAUCAGGACCUGGCAUGUGACUCCCUCACAUGAAUAAGCAUCACCCAAACAUCUCUGGGGAAUCAUUGGGGUGACUCAGUUUCUUUAGGGUGACUUUGAAUUCUCCAGAGCAGCCUAGGCUCAGAAACCAGUUUUACUCGUUUCGGGCAGCAGACGUACAAAUUAAUGUGGGUUUCCCACCUACCUCCAUGAGCCACCACCAAUUUGGGCAACAUGCAGAAAUUCGAUUGCAAAUUUUGCCGCCUUUCCAGACGUCCACCUUCGAUGCCUUUCUGAUCGAGAGAUUCCACCUCUCUGUUCUCUGCCAAAUCUACUUUUCCUCCACUAGAUUUCUUUCAAAGUUGCUUCACGUCUAGGAGGUAGUCAUUUCCUGUUUUAAAAAGAAAGACUCCCUCAAGUCACGUUCAGCUCCUGGUAGCUACGUGAAAACGGCCCAGGCAGCCUUCAAACUUUCUUCAGCAAAGUUUGUUGUCGUCGAGUUCCCAGUCAAACCUUCGGCCCUGAGAUUUCCUGGGGCCGCAGGGAGAGAUUGGAGGAAUCACCAAAUAGAAACGAGGAUUUCUUGUCCAAGGACUUCCCUUCUGUCCCCAGACACGGGGCACGUCCUUAGACAGGCGCCAGGGUCUGGGGAAUGAGCACAUGGUCAAUAAAAGUCAAGUGGCUAAUGUGACUGGCACGGGAUUUGAUAUGGCAAAUCGUUCCUAUUAGAAUGAGAUAAAAGCAAAGCAGGAGGCAAGGGUUACUCCUGUUGAGAUUAUGAGAACCAGGAAGUUUUGGCGCUUUCAAAAUCCCCCUUUUGCUGCUUUGCUGGAUCACGCUUGCAAGGGGGGGAAAAGGGGCAAAGCAAAGUUAAACUGGGAGAGCCGGGUGCCUCGCUUGGAAGAAGAUAACCCUGACGUUGAAAAGAUCGUAGUGUGUGGGUAAAGCUUUCUGACGCUCCAGCACUAACCCCAGAUUUCGGCCUCUGUACUGACUGUCUUUCUAGAGCCAAUCUGAGCUAGUUUUCGCAGGGGGCUUUAGCGGCCGAGUAUCUGCUUGCAAGCGGACGGUGGACAUCUCGCGUUCAUGUAUUGAUGGGGACGGCACAUCGGUUGCAAACAGGACAGUGAUUCUCUUCCCAGGGCGGGAGGGAUACGAGUCUCUCUGCGGGAGAAUCGGAAAGCUUUCGUCCUUGGUUGGGGAGAUCACGGCUCUUCAUCCCCCUCCCCAAUCGGACGAGUCACGGAAGAGAGAAAAGGGUGCCGAGGCCUGUUUUUCUGGACAUCCCAGAAGGAAGGACGCGAGCCGCUUCCCUUCAAAUGACCAUAAGGCCUGUGGUCAGGAGUUGUAGCCCCAAAGCUGAGAAGACAUGGGGAGGGGGCAAAGUCUCACGGCUGGUUUUUCUUUCCCCCUCUGAAAUGCAACAAAGAUUGCACGGGCCCCUGCUCUUGUGCCCCGAAUCCUGAGCCGAGGGAGUUAAGCCACGCUGGCAUCCGUCACCUCGGUGGUCUGAACAGAUUCGUAUUCUGGUUUGUCUUAGGCUGUGUGUGCGGCUGGCCAGCGCUGCCCCCAACGAGCUGAGCAGGGUCUCUAGCCGGGCCCACCGAGAUCCCUUGCGGAUUUCAUGGAGUCAGCAACACUUCUCCCUUCUCGCCUUAGGAGAAGCACCGGCUGGGGUUCUGCCAUGUCCUGCUUCACCCAAGUCUGGCACACAGAUGUGCCAGAAUCCCCACCCACAACUCCCCUGAGUCCCGUCCCGGCUGCCCCCCACGAGAGACCGAUCCCGCUCAGUCCGAUUGUGAUCACCUCUCCCUCUGCGGAAGACAGACCCGGGGUGUGUUCGCCUGUGGGGUCUCCGGCGAGCUCCCCCGUGGACGGAAAGACCAGGCUGGGCUCCCCCACGGACAGGCCCACCUCGCCCAUCGAAUGCUCCAUCUGUUUCAACACCUACGACAACCUCUUCAAGACGCCCAAGGUCCUCCAGUGCCAUCACACCUUCUGCUUGGAGUGCUUGGCCCGGCUGACGGCCGCCCUGCCUCCCAACCGGGUGGAGGACCAGCUCCCGUGCCCCUUCUGCAGGCAGCUCACCGACAUCCCGCUCGAAGGAGCUCCUGGUCUCCAGACGAGCAAAGACGUGUUGGCAACGCUGCCACUGGAGCUCCAGAAGGAGAAGGCCCUUUGGAUGGAAGGGACCAAGCUGUGCUGCAGACAGUCCUCCGACCCGGAGAACGCCAGUGCCUGCAUCACCAUCGACAUUGCCCCCAGCAAACCCGAAGUGCCCGAGACCCCCACAGAAGGCUUCAUCGGACGUCUCUCCCGCUGCUCCAUAUGCGACGACUGGAAACGAGUCGUCCUGCUUUCGGUGUUGAUCAUCAUCCUCUUUUGCAUCAUCCUGUGGCCGGUCCAGUGCAUCUUGAAGACAGGGAACUUGCGGUGCCUGAACAAAUUCACACUCCCGCGGCCAAAUUACGUGCCUUACCAUCACACCACCCCGGCCCCCGUGCUGGACAUCACCAAGCUCAUGGAGUGAUUGAAGGGGGCCCUGCAGCGCUGCUCUGGCCUGGGUUGACCGCUCAUCAUGUGGGAGAAAGCCACUCUGCCCACAGAGUCCUGGUCUCCUCUUGAAGGGACCAGGGAGAUGGGACGGACGUGUCCUGCCCGUUCUAGAGGACCACGUUGGGUUUAAAGGACCAACAGGUUGACCUGGUGCAAUGCAACUCACAUAAAUGCUUGCGUGCCCACGGUCUUGGGACAGCUCGAUGCUCUUUUCAGACCCUCUUGAUCACGCCAACUUGAGACAUCCAUGUGCCCACUUCUACACCUCCUAAGGUGUCCCCUGGCUUGCCAACCUACAGACCUGCUUUGUGAGGCCCAGCUGCUGAAGUCCAUACAGAAGACAACCUGUUUUGCACAUAUGGGAGAACCCGCUCCCCGACGGGGGUUCUCCCAAUCCUGCCACCAUGAGAGUGGCAAGAGAACCAAAACGCUCCUCCUUCCAAGGGGAAGACGCCAAUUCGAGCCAACGGAUCACACUAUGCCUACUCUCCCCCCUUUGCUGAGCAUAAAGAGCUGACCCUUAACCCUUUGCCUCUACCUCCUAUUUUAUUUGGGCAAAAGGUGGGGAAACCCUUAAUUUUCUAUUGUGAUUAAACAUUUCAGUUUUAUACCGCUG